UUGGGUCUGCAAGAUCGAGGCAACGAUCGUCGAGAAGCUCUGUCGAGGCGCAGCACGUGGCACCUACAGAGCGAGAGAAGUCUCGCUGUCUCGCGGUGCUUCGCUCGAGACUCUCGCUCAAUUUAAGGUCGCUGCUGGGCCAAGCUCAUAGCACUGCGCAUGCACGAGCGGCAGCAGAACGAGGCUUGUGGCGGUGACGGUGGCGCUAGAGCAGGGCGGGAGGCGCCAGCUUGUGGCUUCACGAUACGCGCAAAAUGUUCCAAUGGUGCUUCACUCUGACUGCCGCAAUUCAGAGUUUCGGGGUGCAAACGAUCUCGGCUUUUGCCCGCCAAAAUGACCGGAGAGGUACUCCAAGGCUCUCCUACACAGCUCCGGUUUAUCCGAGCAUCCAGCCUCAAAGGACACCAGCGCUUACAGGAUUCCUCGGGCAUUUGCUGAUCGCCCAAAGUCAUGCACGAGUUGCUUUCGCUGAAGCCCCGUCCUCGACAUCGAUGUCAACAAUGCCAACCGAGGAGUCGGAGGGAGUCGAGAAGGAGGUCGUGGAGCCCGUGACGGGCAUCAAAUUUGCCAAGAGCACCAACGCCCCUGGAGCCUCCAAGGAGCUGGUGCUCGCCGGAGCAGGUGUGCGAAUUAAGAAGGUGUUUGCCGCUGUGAAAGUGAAGGUUUACGCCGUCGGCUUGUACGUGGAUCCCUCAGCGGUUUCUUCUUUGCAGGCAUGGAAAUCGAAGGGCACAAAAGAGAUUGAGAAGGACGAGAGUUUCUCCAAGACGCUGAUCGAUCUCCCUGUGGAGAAGUCUAUCAGAAUUGUGUUGGCACGAGACGUCGAAGGAGCCCAAUUCUGGGGUGCUCUGGGCGAUGCCCUAGCGCCACGGCUUAAGGCACUCGGAGCAGGAGCUGCUGGAGAACAAGCUCUCAACACUUUCGGUGAUGUGUUUAAAAACAGGCCUCUCAAGGACAAAACUGUAGUUUUUCUGACCUGGACACAACCGUCCACACUUCACGUAUCCAUUGCUCCGGAAGGAGGAUCUCCUUCUGCUCCUGAUGCUUCCAUAGAAUCCGCAGCCUUGCUCUCAAGCUUGUAUGAUGUCUACCUAGGGAAGGAUCCCGUUUCUCCCUCCGCAAAGGCUUCAAUAGCUGAAGGGAUUCUCUCCCUUGCUUAACUUUAUAAUAAAAACAAAAACCUUCUUUCGA